AUGCUUGAUAUUACAUUUCAAGGCAACGAUAUAUCUCUCGAUAUACAAGAACAGCAAUCGCAUGUCGGUCGAAGAUUUCUCCUUCAAAUCAAUUCAUCGACGACCCCAUUUGAUGCAUCACAACCGGUAUUUAUCGUUUUAUUAUGUAUAAUCGCUAUAUUGAGCAUCCUGUUCGUCAUAAUUAUCGUUUUUCUUUGUCGACUACUUCGUAUUCAACAUGAGCUUAGAACUCCAGAUACACCAAGCACAACACCUGAAGAGACAUUUGCCAACCGCCAGAAUCUCUCAAAUGCUACUUCACCGUUGCCUCAUUCUCACCAUACAUAUGUCAAUGAUAUAUCAUCAUUAUCGCUGGAAACAACUGAUGUGAAUAAAUUGAAUUCGUAUUUGUUUAUCGAUCUUCAUUCGACUUCAAGUGAAACAUAUCCUGAUUAUAAAUAUCGACAAUCCACGAACAAUCGAUGGACUUCGUAUAAUUACUUCGAACAGGAACAUCCACCGCCUCAUACACAUCAGCGAUCGCAUGCACCGCGCUUUCUAAUGCGUGAACGAAGUUUAGCAAAAAAUACUCGGCAUCUUCCUCAACUUCGUCAAGCAACCAUGGAGCAACAAAAGAAUCUAUUCGGAUUAGACGAUAGCGAUGACAGCAGCCGCAGUGUUACAACAAACCCUAGUUCGAUAUAUCAUUUAAAUCCAACAUUUAUAACACAAGAACAUCAUAUUUUACACAACAUCGAAGAAGAAGAACCAUCAUCGAUUCAUUCUCAAUCUCUUACCGACGAUAAUCAACUUCAUAUUCCAUACAAUUAUUCCUUUAUUAGAUCCAAUCAAAGUGUUUAUAUAAAUAAUUCAUUUUUCGUGUAA